GGUGGUCGUGUUCCAGCAGACGCUGUGACGAUCAUUCAAAAGAUGUCACAGGAAAGCAUUUACGUAACAGUCGUUUUCUGGGUUUUGUGCAGCUGUGGAAUAAUUUUCUGCUUGUGUUGUUUGAUUCUGAACUUUAUUUACCAAAGAAACAGGUAAGAAAGACAACAAAAGGCGUUGAAACAAUGAUUGGCGACUAUUUGUCUGUGGAUGCUCUUCCCUUUUUUUUCGGAACAAAAUAGUUAGCUAACUAUCCUUAUUAUUCAUUCAAAAUAUUGGCUAAAAGCACACGCAUAAUUCACCAUAACCACUUACUGAUGACCAAUUUGGAAGAAUUUGUGUUUAACGAGGUUAAUGCACCGUUAACCGAGAAGACCUGGGGACGAGGUCGAGUUGUUUUCCUUGAGAAAACUAAAAUGGCGGAUACUUCACUCGUUUCAAGAGUAAGAACUACAGCUGGAAUUAGGCGAAAUAAUGGCUAAAAAACAUAGAAAAAACAGCAAAAAAGCAACUCGGAGGGCAACAUCUGCUAUUUGGAGAAUAUUUGCGGAGCUGGACAAACCUGAACGUACACUAUCGAAGAUAAACUCAACAUCGAUGCAGGUAAGCAUGUUUUAGCUGUUUUUAAACUAGACAUUAUUUUGAAUGAAUUGUAAAUCAAUUCCGGCCUCUGUGGAUAACACCCUCCUCGAUCUGCUUAAUUCUUGAUAUCCUACGAAAGCCGAAUUCAUUAAUUGCUAAUUGAGUGUUUUGCAUCACAGUUGAUAGAAAUUAUCUAAUUGGUAGGGGACAGGUCUAUCAAUACGGGAAUUUCCCGUGACAAACGUUACCAGUAUAAAUUUGUAUUUAAAGAAUCGGCGGUUCACCUUCCAACAGUGACUCCUUCAUGGUUAAACUCUUAUGUCGAUAUUUGUGUCUUAUAGAAAGCUCCGUGAAUCUUUCAAGGCAUCUUUCAAGGCUUUCAUUCAUUGGUGCGAUUGGGUGUCUAACACUGAAUUGAAAACGUAUAUUCCUGCUGUGAUAGUAGCCUGCGAAAACAUCCGUUUCUCCUCGCUCUUCUCCGCUUGGGACGUUUCGCGAGGAGGAACGUCUGCGACUCAGCGACAGAAAUUCCAUACUGAUGACGUAAAAUCUGCCCGGAAUCCGGUCAGAAGCGCUGAUUGGUAGACGUAGUAGUUACAUUGUUUUAGCUAUUUUUUACGAAUGACAGACAAAAGACAAAAGGCCACAAAGGUCAAAUGUAAACGCGAAGAAUCUCGAGCAAAACAGUCAAUAUCUGUGGAAUAUACUCUUCUCUAGAAGAAGCAUUUGAGAUUUGCUGGAGCUCGUUGGCAGAUGAACACAACACUUUACCAAAAUCGAUCAGAAGGCACGUGAAAUUGGACAAAUUUGUAUUUGGAACCCCAUGACUACCGGAUUUAUUAUGUAAACAUUGAUUUGCGUCAUCAGUAUGGAAUUUCUGCCGCUGAGUCGCAGACGUUCCUCCGCGCGAAACGUCCCCAGUUGCGAAGAGCGAGGAGAAACGGAUGCUUUCGCAGGCUACUAUGAUAGCCGAGAGAUAACAAAAUGAGGGUGGAUUCAUUUGCAACAUGCGCGCAGAACUGUUGCAUUUGGCCACUGGAUCUUUUUAUUGUUUUAAGGCUUAAAAACAGCACAAAAAUUCCAGCAGGCAAAUGCGACAGCUGUACGCGUAUGCAAAUGAAUCCACCCUGAGUUAACGCAGCAUCAACAAAAGCUUUAAUCUCUAUACAGCUAUUUCGAGAAAGGUUGUCGGGAAAAGUGCACGCGACAAUCCUGAAAGGCAUUGUGGGUGGUUUUGAGUUCUCUUUUUUUCAAAGAAAUUUGAAAGAAUUGGCACGAAAGGCCAUGGAAAUGUGUUUGCGAGUGGAAAAUCUUUGUUAAAAUUAACUGGCAGCAAGCUGAAAACUAGGUUUAUUCGAACUACAAGAUUUCCUACUUGACAAUACAACAAUUCAUUGUUUUGACUGUGUAUUUUUUAUGUAAUAUAUCAAGCAUGAGACGUAGUGUUUUAUCACCAGAUGAAACACUGAGAAGGGAGUUGAAAAUACGACGUGCAGCGGAUUAUUUUUGACGAACUUCGAGGUGUUUCAUCUGGUGAUGAAACACUGUGUCGAAUAUUUGAUAUUACUUCUCAAACAAAACGAUUUUAGAAGGAGAAAUUAAUGAUGCAAAAAUGACCAGUUUUUCAUCUGAUUUCCAUGCACCCAUUAAACAUUUAAAUUUCUUUUGUAUUUUGUUUAUGAAUUAUUAAUGAGUUUGAGAAAUUUUUUACUGAACUUGUUUUUAUGGGUUUCUGGUACACAAAUGAAAACUAAAAUUUAGACAGAAAGGACAACGAAAGUCGGAAAGAAGAGGCAUGUAAGAGACUAUCUUUUUGCAUGUUAUUAUAACGGCCACCUCUCUAUAACGGCCGCCUUUUUUAUUGCGAGUAGCCCCUACAUUGACUCUUGUUUAAAAUUGUCUACAACGACCACUUUCAUCCGACCCCAAGGUGGCCGCUGUGGAGAUUUAUUUACCGUGGGGUGCCUGUGGUACAGAUAUUCCAACCCUGCUGACAACUAAAAAAGGGAGGUUUUAGGAGCAGCAUAGCCGCUUUACGACAAGCGCUCAAGACGCGAGCCUCUAGGGGGUUCGAGGGCAUGUUCCCCCGGGAAGAUUUUAAGAAAUGUACCUCUAAGAUGCCAUGCAUUUCCCGUGUUUUGAGAUCACGGUCAAUUGAAAUGCCGCGCCCAAAAUUAUCACUGGCUUAUGGUCGAAUGCUAAAAGGGUAAAAAAUGGCUGAGAUACCACAGAAAAUCGGCACAGAAGCAUGCCAAAAAGAUUGGUUAAAAAGAGGAAUGUAAAAGUUUAAAAAUCCGGAAAAUAUUAAACGUAAACGGGAGGCCGAAAACAAGAGAUUUCCGGCCAAAACGGGAGGGUUGGAAUCUCUGAAACUGGCAUAAACGACAAAAGACUCAGUAGUAAUCUCUAUUAAUUUAUUCCACGUUAGAUUAAUGUCCGUAGAUUAUAUUUUGUUAUCUUAAUUUACAAUGGCGAAAAGAGUUUGGCACCAUAAGCUGGAAACUAACCUGUCUUAAUAACAGACAACGGUCACAAAAACAGUCCAAAAAGGUCCAAAUGCACUAAACACAGUAACUGCAAUACAGUGUCAAUUACAGCGAAGCUAACGUUCUGCUAAUUUUUCUCGUCACAGCUUUAUAAGAAUGUCAUUUCCUAAUUUCAACAAUGUGUCAGUGAUGGGAUGCAUUCUCUUCUACUUCGAACUGUUUCUAUCAGCCUACAGCAACUCCAUCUUUGCAACGCACAACUCUUCUCUCUGCUAUGUAAGAACUGGCAUAACUUAAACGCACUUAAUAUAGCCGGGACUUUAUUGCCUCAAGAGAAGAUUGCUCUUUAAGAAUGACAACUAGUUUUUAUUAAUGCAGAUACAUCGGUGAUUAGUCUGGGAAGGCGAACCAAAACUUCAGUAUUCUGCCUUUUUGUGACAACCUUUUUAUGCCUUUUUUAAAUGAGAAAAAUUCUACAAGUGUGUUAUUUAAUGAGCCUUAAGAUAAUCGCAAAGUUCUCAGUGUCAGAGCAACGCAUCUUUUUGCAUCUUUUUUAAAAAAACCACUUAUCCUGAAUUGCUUUGUCCAGUGAUGUGAUGAGUUAGAAUCCAAAAGCUAAAAUCCUCAAGAACGUAUUUCGAAUGUGAAGGUCACAUGAAUUUUUUUAAAGUGGGAUGGAAACAUAAAACAUCUCUGGGAUCAAUGUCAGUUCUUGAAUUCCUUGUCUGGAUAUAUUACAGUUAAGCUCACUUCCUUGUCCUGAUUUCAUUAAUGUUAAACAGAUUAACGUCUGCCUUCUCUGUUCUGGAUUUACGUUGCUGUAUGGUGGAAUGUUUUUAAAAACGUGGAGAGUUUAUAGAAUCAGAAACGAGGUAGGGACAAUAAAUACCACCAUACAAUUACCACCACCAUCACGAUCAUCAGUAUUGUUAUCAACAUUAUGAUCAUCAUUAUUUGAUGAUAAUGUGUAGUUACGUUAUGACCCACCACCACCAGUAGUUAAGAUGCCUUCCAGUGGGACGGCCUGGAUUACUAUCAGUGAUUCAGAGAUCAUUCGGAGCAUAGCACAUAAAAGGAACCGACGAAUCCACUCGGCUAGGAAAGGAUUCAUCAGUUCAUUUGAUGCACUAUGAUCCUAUUGAUCUCGGAUCACUGAUCCUGAUCCAAAUCAUUCUAAAGGAACGCAUUCUUAUCUUUAUUUUUAUGUUUUUUUUUAUUAUUAUUUUUCUUCUAGCCUCUCCCUCUUUUAAUCUUUAAAAAAGCUAUCAAACGAAUUUGAAAAACUAGGUGAUGACCUGUUUAUUAACAUUGUUGUCGUCAAUUUCUUUGUGAUAAUCUCUUCUUCUUACUUGUUUUAGUCAUUUUCUCAGUCAUCAUCAUCAUCAUCAUCAUUAUCAUCAUCAUCAUCUUCGUCAUCAUCACUACCAUCGCCAUCAUCAUCAUCUACCCCAAUAAACAUAACCAUUACCACCCUCUCUGAGCAACAAGAUUAAAACGGUCAAUUUUUUUUAGGUUGCCAAGCUAAGUAUAACAGGUCUUUUGCUCAGGAUAGGUGUUGGCUGUCUUGUAGAUGUAAUUAUUCUAUCAUGUUGGGCAGUUGUUGAUCCAAUGACGAUACAACAUAUAGUAAUCAACAAGAAGGUAAAUUCAUAAAGCCACCCAUUGUUCUAUGAGAAAGAAAUUAUAUUUUUGUCUGGUAAUACCACCCACUGAAAGUACUUUCACGCCCAAGUUCCGAGUCACUUUGCAUCUUCUCUCUAAAGUAAGAAUAUGGCUUUAGUAAGACCUAAUUAUUCCAUAUGGAAGUUAUUUCUUAUUUUAUAUGAGGCAAAGCCCAAACAGGCUCUAACGGCUGGCCGCUUUUUAUUUAGACCGAUAUGCCAUUCUGACUUGAUGUGACGGAAGUGCUGUUGACAUUGUCAUACCCGCUUCUUCCCUGCGCCUUUCUUCGAUUUGUUUAAUUGUUAUUUAUUUGUCUUUUGAGUUUCUUGGGCAUUUUGGUUACCCUCACCUUCACUGGUCCACGUUGUUAAUUCAAGUCAUGUACGAUUCUCAUGUCACAAUUCUUGUUUCAGAUACGUAAUGAUGACGACGACGUGAUAGAAGAGCUUAUGAUUAACAGUUGUACCUGCAAUUCUCCGAAGACCUGGGUGAUGUUAAUCUGCUGUUUAAAAGGAAUUUUGUUGACGUUUGGAGUAUUUUUGUCGUGGGAGACAAGAAACGUCCAUUGCUUGCAGCCAAAUGAUUCCAAAAACACCGGUUUGGCGGUGUAUAACGUGUUCAUGUUCUCAUGCCUUGCUCUUGUGGUCAUGUUUGUGGAAACGUACCCUCCCAUUGAAAUGCUGAUUGAAAGAACGAUCGUGUUUGUAGGAACAACGUGUACAAUUUGUCUCUUGUUCUUACCAAAAGUAAGGAAAAAUUUUAGUAUUUCAGUUACAUAA